UCAGCUCCGCGCCGCCCACGGCCCGGCCCCGGCGCCGGGAGGACUCUCAUGAGCCGGGCGCGGCCGCACCUCCCCAGAUCCAAGCCUCUCUCGGCUGCCUCGUCGCGCUCCUCCGGCUGAGAGCGCCGCUGCACCCGUGGCCGGCGAUGCGGGGCCCCGGCGCGGCCGCGUCGCGCUCGCCCCUGGGCCUGUGCACUCUAGUGCUUGCGCUGCUGGGCGCGCUGCCCGCCGGUGCCGGGGCGCAGCCUUACCACGGCGAGAAGGGCAUCUCGGUACCGGACCACGGCUUCUGCCAGCCCAUCUCCAUCCCUCUAUGCACGGACAUUGCCUACAACCAGACCAUCCUGCCCAACCUGCUAGGCCACACGAAUCAAGAGGACGCGGGCCUCGAGGUACACCAGUUCUACCCGCUGGUGAAGGUGCAGUGUUCUCCCGAGUUGCGCUUCUUCCUGUGCUCUAUGUACGCACCCGUGUGCACGGUGCUUGAUCAGGCCAUUCCGCCGUGCCGUUCUCUGUGCGAGCGUGCCCGCCAGGGCUGCGAAGCGCUCAUGAACAAGUUCGGCUUCCAGUGGCCAGAGAGGCUGCGCUGCGAGAACUUCCCGGUGCACGGCGCCGGCGAGAUCUGCGUGGGCCAGAACACGUCUGACGGCUCCGGGGGCCCAGGUGGCGGCCCCACAGCCUACCCCACCGCGCCCUACAUGCCGGACUUGCCCUUCACCGCGCUGCCCCCGGGGGCCGCUGACGGCAGGGGCCGUUCUGCCUUCCCCUUCUCGUGCCCCCGCCAGCUCAAGGUGCCCCCCUACCUGGGCUACCGCUUCCUGGGCGAGCGCGACUGCGGCGCCCCGUGCGAGCCGGGCCGUGCCAACGGCCUAAUGUACUUUAAGGAAGAGGAGAGGCGCUUUGCCCGUCUCUGGGUGGGCGUGUGGUCGGUGCUGUGCUGCGCCUCGACGCUCUUCACCGUGCUCACCUAUUUAGUGGACAUGAGGCGCUUCAGCUAUCCCGAGCGGCCCAUCAUCUUUCUGUCGGGCUGCUACUUCAUGGUGGCCGUGGCGCACGUGGCCGGCUUCCUGCUGGAGGACCGGGCGGUGUGCGUGGAGCGCUUCUCAGAAGACGGCUACCGCACGGUGGCGCAGGGCACCAAGAAGGAGGGUUGCACUAUCCUCUUCAUGGUGCUGUACUUCUUCGGCAUGGCCAGUUCCAUCUGGUGGGUCAUCCUGUCGCUCACUUGGUUCCUGGCAGCUGGCAUGAAGUGGGGCCAUGAGGCCAUUGAAGCCAACUCUCAGUAUUUCCACCUGGCGGCGUGGGCCGUGCCCGCUGUCAAGACCAUCACCAUCUUGGCCAUGGGCCAGGUGGAUGGGGACUUGCUCAGUGGGGUUUGCUACGUGGGCCUGUCCAGCGUGGAUGCGCUGCGAGGCUUCGUGUUGGCGCCUCUGUUCGUCUACCUCUUCAUUGGCACGUCCUUCCUGCUGGCCGGCUUCGUGUCGCUCUUCCGCAUCCGCACCAUCAUGAAGCACGACGGAACCAAGACCGAGAAACUGGAGAAGCUCAUGGUGCGCAUCGGCGUCUUCAGCGUGCUUUACACUGUGCCGGCGACCAUCGUCCUGGCCUGCUACUUCUAUGAGCAGGCCUUCCGCGAACACUGGGAGCGCACCUGGCUCCUGCAGACUUGCAAGAGCUACGCGGUGCCCUGCCCGCCUGGCCAUUUCCCGCCCAUGAGCCCUGACUUCACUGUCUUCAUGAUCAAGUACCUGAUGACCAUGAUCGUGGGCAUCACCACUGGCUUCUGGAUCUGGUCCGGCAAGACUCUGCAGUCGUGGCGCCGCUUCUAUCACAGACUCAGCCACAGCAGCAAGGGGGAGACUGCGGCUUGCAACAUUUGCCAGCAAGAUAACUGGAUUUCCAAAAGAGGGAAGGGUCCAAUCACAGGAGACUUUAUAGCAGAAACAGGCUGGUGAUAUGCAGUAUGAUAUUCUCUCAUGAUGUCUGGGCAGCAGCGAGCUGUAGCUCCCCAUCAGACCAUGAUCAGGAGGGUAAACAACUGAUAUGCCAACCACCAUUCUCCACCCAUACAACCAUUCUGUUUUUCACUUCCAUUUCAU